CUAAUGAACACCAGAGGGCAGCAAAGAUACUGAACAGCAGCAUAACAAGGAAGCGGAAUAAUGAAGAAGAAGAAGGGGGAAACAUUGUGACACAUCAAAGGUUCUAUGUUCCAGCUCAGGAGAACUGAAGAAGAAGAAUACAGCGACGAAAUCUCCAAGCUCAGGCAGGUGGCGUUACAAAACAAUGACAUACUCCUUGACAACAUGCUCUGCCAGGAAAUUUACAAGAAAGUCAUCAACUGCAAAGGAGGAUGGGGCAUCGCAGGCACUCCCCUCCAUGCCGCCGUAUCUAAAGGCCACCUCAGCUGCCUGAAGGUUCUGCUGGCCCACGGCGCUUUUGUAGAUACCAUAGACGUCAAAGCCCAAACGCCUCUUUUCAACGCAGUUCGUGGAAGACACCUGGACUGUGUCCUUGCCCUCCUCGCAGCAGGCGCCAACCCCAACGGAAGCAAAUCCAACAACAGCUCCCCGGUCCUCACCGCUGCCAAGAAUGGCGACGUGGAGAUCCUCAGGCAGCUGCUGGUUCACGGCGCCAAUGCGAACACUUGUUCUAAGUUCCGGUUGUGGCCCUUCUACGAAAGUGUGACCAGAGGACCGCUCUGCCUGUCUGCGGUUAACAGACACUUAGAGUGCUUUAGGCUGCUGCUCCUCCAUGGGGCUGACCCGAAUUACAACUGCACGGACGUGACCAUCCACAGCAUCCAUCACAGAACGAUGCUGGAGAUGUGCCUGAGGUACGGCUGCGGCGUGGAGUACAUCCAGCUACUGAUCGACUUCGGCGCAAACGUCUACCUCCCCAAGCUGAUCAUUGAGAGGUUCAUGAAUCAACCAGCAGUGGAGCUGCUCCUGAGUGAGAGAGGAACUCCUAAAGCCUUGACCUGGCAUUGCCGACUUGCGGUGCGAAGACACCUGAACAGCAUCAACAAGAGCCACUGCAUCGACGAGCUGGACAUGCCAACCAGCCUGAAAAACUUCCUGCAGCAUAAAACAGUCCCUGUCCAUGUUCAGUAAAGAAAGUGUGCAUCAUUUUAUCAUGUCUUUAUUUCAGUUUAACAGCGAGUCUUUGCAUAACAUGUCUUAAAACGGCUUCUGUCUCUUCAUGAGCUGCUCUGUUCAGAAUGUUAGAAAAAAGGUUUAAUCUUCUAACUGAUUUCUUAAAGAUGUGGCUACUUAGAAGUUGCUGACUCGGUUUUGUACAGGUGCAUUUCAAUAAAUAAGAAUAUGAUUGGAAGGGUUAUUCAUGUCAGAAAUUUAUUCCAAAAAGAAGCUCGUAUAGAAUUAGAAAAUUCACUCAAGAAUUUCUGGCAGAUUCACAGUGAGUGAACUGUGGCUUGAGACAACGCAUCAAGAGACACUUUGCACAUGGACUACAAACAUCUCAUUACUCGUGUCACAUCACUCCUGAAUCAGAGACAACAGAAGCUUCUUACCUGGCUGUGGAGAAAACCAACUGGACUGGACUGUUGCUCUGUGACACAGUCUUCUUUUUCAAAUGGAAGUAAAUUCUGCAUUUCACCUGGAAAUCAAUGUUCCAGGGUUUGGAGGAAGAGAGGAGAAGCACACAAUCCAUGUUCCCUGGAGUCCAGAGUGAUGUUUCCACAGACUUUAAUCUCAGACAAUAGCAUCCUUCAACCAUGUCAACAAAAAAAAAGGGAAUUGAAGCUGGUAGCUCACAGGUGUCCACAUGCAUAACGUCAGCAUUCCGAGAAUAAACUUCAAACUAUUUGUUUUUUUCUUUUAGUUCCCCU